AACUCCAUACCUUCACCUUCACUCACACUCCGACCGACACUUUCUUCUCUUCUUCGACUCCCAUCUUUCUCCAUAAAAGAAACUUUCAGCUCCCAUUUCUAUCCCUCUCUCUCUAAAACCCAGAUCUGCUCUCUCUCUCUCUCUAUCUGAAACUAGUACUACUCUUCAAACCACACUAGAGCGAGAGUUAGAACACAAUCAUCAUGUACGGUCGGGAUCCAUGGGGAGGUCCACUGGAGAUCAAUGCCGCUGAUUCGGCUACCGACGAUGACCGGAGCCGGAAUCUCCAGGACUUUGAUCGGGCGGCGUUGUCGUCUCGGCCUUUGGAUGAGACCCAGCAGAGCUGGCUUUUGGGACCCACUGGGGAGCAGAAGAAGAAGAAGUAUGUGGAUCUGGGCUGCAUCAUUGUCAGCCGUAAGAUCUUUGUUUGGACGGUUGGGACCUUGCUCGUCUCUGCUCUCCUCGCUGGUUUGAUCACUCUCAUCGUCAAGACUGUUCCUCGCCAUAAACACUCCCAUGCUCCUCCUGAUAACUACACUCUCGCUCUUCACAAGGCCCUCAUGUUCUUCAACGCCCAGCGAUCUGGGAAGCUUCCUAAACAUAACAAUGUCUCGUGGAGGGGUAACUCUUGCACGCACGAUGGAAAAACUGGGGAUUCGAUAAUGAAGGAUUUGUCGGGUGGGUACUAUGAUGCUGGAGAUGCGAUCAAGUUCAACUUCCCAAUGGCUUUUUCCAUGACCAUGUUGAGCUGGAGUGUCAUUGAGUAUAGUGGAAAGUAUGAAGCUGCUGGGGAGCUCAACCACGUUAAGGAAGUAAUUAAGUGGGGAACUGAUUACUUUCUCAAGACAUUCAAUCACACCGCUGAUUCCAUUGACAGGCUUGCCGCACAGGUUGGUUCUGGGGAUACUUCUGGAGGAAGUACCACUCCAAAUGAUCAUUAUUGCUGGACACGUCCUGAAGACAUAGAUUAUGAUCGACCUGUGAUUGAUUGUAGCAGUUGCUCAGAUCUUGCUGCUGAAAUGGCUGCUGCUUUAGCAUCUGCUUCCAUUGUUUUCAAAGACAACAAGGCAUACUCACAGAAACUUGUCCAUGGUGCCAAGACGCUCUUCAGGUUUUCAAGGGAACAGAGGGGAAGGUACAGUCCUGGUGGUUCAGAGGCUGCUACAUUCUAUAAUUCCACUGGUUACUGGGAUGAGUUCUUAUGGGGUGGAGCUUGGUUGUACUAUGCCACUGGAAACAACUCCUAUCUUCAGCUUGCUACAACUCCUGGUCUUGCCAAACAUGCUGGGGCCUUUUGGGGAGGUCCUGAUUACGGUGUGUUGAGCUGGGACAACAAGCUUACCGGUGCUCAGGUGCUUUUGAGUCGUCUGAGAUUAUUCUUAAGCCCUGGGUAUCCAUAUGAAGAGAUUCUGAGGACAUUCCACAAUCAGACUAGCAUAAUCAUGUGCUCAUACCUGCCAAUCUUCACUAGCUUUAACAGAACAAGAGGAGGUUUGAUACAGCUGAAUCAUGGAAGACCUCAGCCCCUUCAGUAUGUAGUCAAUGCAGCUUUUCUAGCUACCCUGUUCAGUGAUUAUCUUGAUGCUGCAGAUACACCUGGAUGGUACUGUGGACCUGAUUUCUAUUCUACUGAUGUUUUGCGUGACUUUGCUAAGACCCAGAUUGAUUACGUCCUCGGUACAAAUCCUCGGAAAAUGAGUUAUGUUGUUGGUUUUGGUAAUCAUUACCCGAAACAUGUGCACCACAGAGGUGCUUCUAUCCCAAAGAACAAAGUCAAGUAUAACUGCAAAGGUGGCUGGAAAUGGAGGGACUCUAAAAAGCCUAACCCUAAUGUUAUUAAUGGAGCUAUGGUUGCCGGGCCUGAUAAACAUGAUGGUUUCCGUGAUGUUCGUUCCAACUACAAUUACACAGAACCGACUCUUGCAGGGAAUGCAGGUCUAGUUGCUGCACUUGUUGCAUUGUCGGGUGAAAAGGGUAGUGGGAUUGAUAAGAACACUAUUUUCUCUGCUAUUCCCCCAAUGUUUCCAACUCCACCACCUCCUCCGGCACCUUGGAAACCAUGAGAUGCUCUGGCGGUUGUCAAUUUCUCUUUGUUAAGAAUGUUGUGUGACUUGAUGUUAGAUGAUUUUGCUGCAAUAGUCUUUGGAACUUGAGUCACCUUGACCAUAAAGAGUAGUGUAAAGUUCAAGAGAUGGGGGAGGAAAGGAGAUGAUACUAAUGGACAUUUCUUCUGCAGAUUGUUGUACUGGCAUAAGAAAUGAUAUGAUACUUCCUACGACAGUCUCUUUGUGGGUUUUUGUGAUUUAUACAGUAUAUAUGUAUGAAAACAAUCAUGUAUUCUUUGAAACACUGGAAUUAAACAGUUCGAAAACGUUGACUAAUAAAUUUCAAUGAUCUUAGCCCUUA